AUGGCCGACACCACCGAAGCCUCCCAGUCAGCUCCUUCAGCGUUGCUGAUCGAUCUGAAAGUGGUCUCGCCGUCGACUGAGAUUGACGAGAGUGGUCUCAACUUUCCUUCCCUACCAGCGGCGACAACGGUCGGCCAAGUCAAGCUCAGGAUCAAGGACACCAUUGCCUCUCAUCCGACUUUGGACCGGCAGAGGUUCAUAUACAGAGGACAUGUGCUGGCGGACAACGACACCACCUUACUGAACGUCUUCGGAGAGCAAGCGAUCCAGCAAUCCAAAGCGCAUACGCUACACCUCGUCCUCCGCGAACCGAGUCCCUCUCAAAGGACUGGUCCUUCCGCCAGCGCACCAGGCUCUCAAUCCUCUACACCGGCUCCGAAUCCGUUUCGCUCUGCAGCCGCCUCCCCAGCGGGCCAGCCCACCAACCCCUUCCGACCACGGACAACAGCACCGAGACCGCAGUCGCAACCACCAGGUCCACAUGCCCAUUUAAACCCCCAUCCCCAUCCCCAUCCCCACCCUCACCCUCACCAUCACCACCCGUUACCUCCGCCAUUUCCGUCCCUCUUUGGCGCUCCACCCGGUGGCUUCCCUCCGAUACCACCCGAAAUCAACAGCAUCUUCCAGCAAGGGGUCGCGGCAGCGCAGGCGCACCAGCAAGCUCACAUGCAUCGACCCGCACCACCGUCAGCGCCGCAGCAACCAAACGGAGCGUCUGCGCCAGCUUCAACGGCCACAUCAGAGCCACAACAACCGCAGAGCACGUUUCAGCAAUUCGUCAACCAGCAGCAGCAAAACAGGGCUGCAGCGGGCAUGCAGGGUGUCAGCUCGACCACCGCAAGUGACAGUUCGGCCCAAACCACCGCGUCUACGGCCGGAGGCGAAGGCACACCGGCUCCAAUUGCAGGCCGAAGCCCAACACCUCGUCAAAAUGGAUCUACCACGCCUCAUCCGCCGCCAACAACAAGCAGCUUCACGCGCGAAAUGGUUGGCCCAAAUGGCGAAAGGUUCGUCGUGACCGUGAACAACACGACAAUGGGAAUGCCGGCGCCCAACGCAAUGCCCCCCCAUGGAGCUAGCAUGCCUCAAUUCCCACACCUGCCGAACUUCGCAGCAGGCCUGAGAGCAGGCACACCACCGAUCGGCCUCGGACUUCCCCCUCUUCCUAUCUAUGGAAACACGCCUCCUUUCAGGCGAGCGGGCUCACCUGCCAGGUCCGAUCGAGGUGAUCUGCAGCGGAUUAGGGCGAAUUUAGACCAGGCGCAUCAAGAGCUGGAGAGCAUUCGGAAUCUGAUCCAAGCCAUACCGCGGCCAGCGGACGCGAGUCCAACUGCGGAGCUCACCGGCUAUCAGAACCACAUGCGGGCGCAUGCCGAGAACCUACUGCGGAAUCUCAAUUUGAUGCAAGCCAGUCUGAACGCUCUAGUCGGCAGCCCAGAGUAUGCGCAACAUCGCGACAUUGUUUCGCUUCAGAUGCUGAACAACACCCUGCGUUCACAAGCAGGGGGAAUCAUGCAAAACCUUGUUCAGCCUCAACCGGCGCCGCAACCGAGUGGCGAUACAAACCACGUGUCCACUUCUCAAAGCACUAAUCCGACUGUGACAGUCUCCACGUCACAGCAACCUCCGAACACCCAAUCCGACUCGAAUGCUCAGUCUAUGCUAAAUGGUGAACCCUCUGCCAACACCCAGCCGACGAGUUCGCAAUCAGGCAACAACAACCCAACCACCGCCGACCCACUCAUGCCUGCACCAGUCGACGAAACAGCCACGCUUCCAACAACCCUGCCAACCAUCUACCUCCUCUGCAGCCCGCAAGGUCCGCGCGCCCUCGUCAUCGGCCCUACCGGGCAGUACACCACUCCCACCGUGCCCUGGUCAACCUUCAGCGAAAUCGCGACAGCUCCCUCAUUACGUGACGUCGAGGCGCAGAUCCGAGAGCUGCAAUAUGAGCUCUACGGCUACGAUCCACCACCAGAGCCCGCAUCCGGCGACCUAGCCUCCGAACCGGCGCAAAUCGACGGCGCAGCCAACGCUGGAGAAGAGGGAUUCCAGCACAUCCCGCUUCCCUGGUUGAACGAUGUCCAAGACCGCCCCACAGCUCCUGCAGCUGCGCCGGCAGAUGCUCCACAACCCGCCCAGCCGAACCCGCAACCCGCCCCACGCCCUCAACCAAAUAACGCCGUCAUCCGCCGCAUCAGAGGCCCAGGCCUCCACCCGAUACCUCCUCGCGACCCGCUCCACCAACCGCGGCCCCAACCUCCGCCCGCCGAUCCUAACGCGCCGCCCAACCUCCUCAACCAAGUCGCCAGCAACCUUUGGCUCCUAGUCCGCCUCCUCGGCUUCGUCUACCUCUUCGCCGGUGGCUCAAGCUGGACUAGACCGGCGCUUGUUGCGCUCAUUGGGUUUGGGAUCUGGCUUAUGCAGAUUGGGUUCAACGGGGGCUGGUUCGAGGGCAUCAGGCGGUACUGGGAGGAGCUGUUGGGAGAGGCGGCAGGAAGGGACGGGGGUGGUGGACAGCCGCAGGCAGGGGCACAAACACAGGCACAAGCACGGGACCCAACGCCCGAACAAGCGGCCGCGCGCCUCUUAGCGGAUCAAGCGGGACAUCAGAGAGCGUGGAUCAGGCUGCAGCUGCGGCAUGUCGAGAGGGCUGUUGCACUGUUCAUUGCAUCGCUGUUUCCAGGCAUGGGCGAGAGGAUUUUGGCGGCUAGAGAUGCGGCGGAGGCGGAGGAGGCGGUUAGGAGGAGGGUUGAGGAGGAGCAGGCGGAGCAGGCGGAGCAGGCGGAGCAGGCGGAGCAGAGGGAACGGGAGGCGAGAGAGAAGGAGGAGGCGGAAGGAAGGGAGAGGGCGGCGGCGGGCGAGACGAGAGAGAGUGAUGGAGACGCGAGCCAUACUGCAGCGGCGAGUAAUAGCGGCGAAAGCAGGCCGACGUCGACCGCAAAGGGGAAGGAGCGCGCGGCUGAUGUGGGCGAAGCAGCGGAUGGCUCGUCAUCUGCUCUGCCGGGCCCAGCGAGUACUGCGCCGGACGAUGAGGGUGCAAGGCACAGGCAUGAGCAGAGUCGUCUGUGA